GAGUCACAGCAGCCAAAAUGUUGAGCACCUACUUUGCUCUGUUUCUCUUCUUCUCUCUGAGUCCGGUCUGCUGUGUUUUUCAGGAACUUUACUGCAGCAUCUCAGAAGACUGCAACUGUGAUUUUAAGCCGAAUAUAAGAGACCUGGAGUGGGACCUCUACAAAAAUGUCUACGGACAACAUCUGGCGCAGGACAUCGUGUCGGAGGAAGUGGCGAAGUUCCUUAAGAUUAAAAGCCCGGACCGGCCCCUGGUGCUGUCCUUCCACGGCUCGUCUGGGACGGGCAAGUCGCUGGUCAGCUCCAUGCUGGGAAACCAUCUGUACGGCUCGGCCAUGAGCAGUCCCUACGUCCACCAGUUCAUCCCAACGCUGCACUUCCCUCUGGCCAACCGGGCCGAAGAGUACAGGGAGGAGCUGAAGAGCUGGGUGCAGGAGAACCUGACCGACUGCGCUCGCUCCGUCUUCAUCUUUGAUGAGAUGGAGAAGAUGCCGCCGGGCGUCAUCGAUGUGCUCGAGCCGUUCCUCGGACCCUCGCACGUCGUGUUCAGAACCAACUACAGGAAGGCUAUUUAUGUCUUCAUCAGCACGGUGGGAGAGGAGGUGAUUAAUAAAUUGGCUCUGGAGCAGCGUCAGGCUGGACGGGACCGAGAGGAGAUAGAGUCAGCUGACCUGGACGACGCCAUCGCACACACACUUUACAACAGCAACACAAGCGGAUUCUUCCACUCCAGCAUCGUCCAUCAGAAGCUCAUCACUCGCUUCGUUCCGUUCCUGCCGCUGAGCCGUCGCCACGUGGAGCGCUGCGUCCUCGCUCAGCUCUGCCAGCGAGGCUCCUGCGGCCGCAGCGACGUGGUUCAAGCAGUAGGGGGCGACAUGCACUACACUCCCGUCCAGGGGAAGUACUUCUCCUCCACCGGCUGCAAGGCCGUCUCCGCCAAAAUCAACUUCUUCCUGUGAGGAAGGACGGACGUUUUAGGACGUUACGGAGUUUAGUUUUUAUAAUUAACGGACUUGAAAGAGACGCUUGAGGUGAGUCGGGGAGGAAGGUUUAGCUUUUUCGGAGGAGGAGGAAGUCGGAGCGGCGUUUCUGCAGCAGAGAGCAGAGCUGCAACCUUUCCAGACUCAGUGCACAGGAGAGUUUAUUCCCUGAGCAUCAUCCAGGACUCCUCUUCCUCCUCUUCCUCCUCCUCCUCCUCCUCGUCGCUCCACAUCCAACCCAACACUUUAAUUUAUAAACUCUACGUUGGUACAGUGCGAGCUCCGAUUCCGGUGUGAAAUUAUUGCUUUAUAUUUGUACUUUCAUCAUCAUCAUCAUCAUCAUC